CUUGUAGCGGAGGCUCAUAUGACUUCUGCACAGCCAUGGGAAGAAUGGUUGCUCUAACUCUGAUAACUUUUUUUGGAGCAAUAAUAUGUUGUUCCUGGACAAAAAACCUACCAAACGCUCCAACUCCAAACAUUAUCAUCAUGCUCAUGGAUGACAUGGGCUGGGGGGACUUGGGGGUGUUUGGCCAGCCUUCUAAAGAAACCCCUACUCUGGAUGCCAUGGCAGCUGAAGGGAUGCUCCUACCAAACUUCUACACUGCCAACCCUCUCUGCUCCCCCUCUCGAGCUGCACUUCUCACCGGGAGGCUGCCCAUCAGAAAUGGUUUCUACACUACUAAUGCCCAUGCCAGAAACGCAUACACACCACAGGAUAUAGUAGGAGGUAUAUCCAAGGAUGAGAUUUUGUUACCCCAGCUGCUGAAGACAAAGGGCUAUGUCAGCAAGAUAGUUGGGAAAUGGCACCUGGGCCACAGACCACAGUAUCUUCCUCUGAAGAACGGUUUUGAUGAAUGGUUUGGUUCACCAAACUGCCACUUUGGCCCUUAUAACGACGAGUCGAUACCAAACAUCCCUGUCUACAACAACUCUGAGAUGCUCGGCAGAUUCUAUGAGGACUUUAAGAUUGACAGAGAGACUGGAGAGUCAAACCUCACACAGAUCUACCUGAUGGAAGGUCUUGACUUCAUACUUCGUCAAACUAAAGCUCAGCAGCCCUUCUUCCUCUACUGGGCAGUCGAUGCCACUCACGCACCCGUCUAUGCCUCCAAACGCUUCUUAGGGAAGAGCCAGCGAGGCCGCUAUGGCGAUGCGGUGAUGGAGCUGGACUACAGCAUCGGUCAGAUUUUGAAGUGGCUGCGAACUCUUGGUAUUGACAAUAAUACCUUUGUCUUCUUCACCUCAGACAACGGUGCAGCUGUUAUGUCUGGCCCCAAUGAAAGUGGCAGCAACGGACCCUUCCUCUGUGGGAAGGAGACCACCUUUGAGGGAGGCAUGAGGGAGCCUGCCAUUGCUUGGUGGCCUGGGCACAUCAAAGAAGGCUCAGUGAACUUCCAGUUGGCCAAUGUCAUGGACCUGUUCACCACUAGUCUGGUUCUCGCUGGCAUCAACCCUCCUGAUGAUCGAAUCCUAGACGGACUGGACCUAACACCUGUUUUGCUCAACUGCUCCCAGCCACUCAAAAACAGGCCAAUAUUUUAUUACCGUGGGAAUGAACUGAUGGCUGUGAGGCUUGGAGAAUACAAGGCACACUACUGGACCUGGAGCAACUCAUGGGAGGAGUUUAGACAGGGCAUAAACUUCUGUCCAGGUGAAGAGGUGCCAAAUGUGACUACUCACGAGCAGAAGGAGCACACACUCCAGCCACUCAUUUUCCACCUGGGGCGGGAUCCUGGAGAAAAGUUCCCUCUCAGUGUUCUUUCUAAGGAGUACCAGGACGCUCUGAGCAGGAUAUCUGCAGUUGUGCAGCAGCAUAAAGACACUCUGGUGCCCGGCAUUCCCCAGCUCAACAUGUGUGAUAGUGCAGUGAUGAACUGGGCCCCCGCUGGCUGUGAGAAGUUGGGAAAGUGUCUGAAACCGCCCGAGUCUAACCCCUGGAAGUGCGACUGGCCACACUGAGAGCAAAAGUACUGGACGCCAACAUGAGGAACUAAAACCUGAAGAUGUGCCAAGCCAUAGAAUAGGACACAGCCUCUGUGUGUAAAGGAAUGUAUUUUUAAACUCUUUGUGUUUUUGUACAAUGUUUGAAGAAAAGAGCAUUCGGUCAAAUCAGGGAAACGUGUUUGCAAACUAUGAUUGCAGUUAUUUUUGCAUCUGUGUGUUUUAAUCUGCCAAUUCUAUUUCAACUUGCUAUGGAAUGGAUAAAACAGAUUUUAUUGGUGUAGAUCAAGGAUGCCAAACU